AUGGCGAAAACGAGACUUCCCACAAUAAUCGACAGGCUAGCUGUUGAUAAUGAACCUGGCCUUUCGACGUCUCAAUUGAUGCUCGUCAACCAUGACUUGAAGCCUGUUGAACCGGAACGUCGACAAUGGAGUGCAUGGAACUUUGUUGGAUUCUGGAUAGCUGAUUCGUUUAACAUCAAUACAUGGAUGAUAUCUUCAUCUAUGAUUGUCGGAGGAUUGUCUUGGUGGCAGUCUUGGAUAUGUGUCUGGCUCGGGUACUUUAUCGCCGGAUCAUUUAUCUGUUCGACUGGGAGAAUCGGCGCGGUCUACCAUAUAGGCUUCCCAGUAGUCGCUCGUUCCUCAUUCGGGAUCUGGGGGUCACUCUGGCCUAUCUUCAAUCGCGCGGCAAUGGCAUGCAUUUGGUAUGGUGUACAGGCAUGGCUAGGAGGCACUUGCGUUUAUCUAAUGAUCCGGAGCAUUUGGCCCAGCUUUGAGAAUUUGCAUUCGAGUAUGCCUGCUUCUUCUGGAACGAACACUCGCGACUUUGUCAGCUUUUUUAUCUUUUGGCUGCUGAGUCUUCCGGCAAUCUGGUUCCCUGUUCACAAGAUCAGGCAUCUAUUCACUGUGAAGGCGUAUAUUGUGCCUGUUUCUGGGCUCGCUUUCUUUAUAUGGGUAAUAGUCAGAGCGAACGGAAUCGGCCCAAUCGUGCACCAGCCAAACACAAUCCACGGAAGUGAGCUAGGUUGGGCGAUGGUCAAGGGCACGAUGUCCUCUAUCGCGAAUUUUGCGACUCUCAUCGUGAAUGAUCCUGACUUUACGAGGUUUGCGAGGAAGCCGAAGGAUGCGCUCUGGUCACAGCUAUUUACGAUCCCAAUCGGAUUUGCGUUGACCUCCUUUGUUGGCAUCGUCGUCUCGUCGUCUUCCACAGUAAUCUACCAGACUACCAUCUGGAGUCCGCUUGAUCUACUUGGACGUUUCCUUGACGAUGGUGGACACGGUGCUCGGGCCGGAGUCUUCUUCAUCGCGUUCGCGUUCGCACUUGCACAGCUUGGCACGAACAUUGCAGCGAAUUCGGUAUCGGCGGGCAGUGACAUGACGGCGCUUCUUCCGCGCUUUAUCAACAUUCGACGUGGAGGAUUCGUCUGUGCCGCGGUGGGCCUCGCUAUGUGUCCAUGGAAUCUUCUUAGCUCGUCGAAUCAAUUUACAACGUACCUUAGCAGUUAUUCCGUUUUCCUUUCUUCGAUUGCUGGGGUGCUGCUUUGCGAUUACUACGUAGUGAGGAAAGGGUAUCUGAGAGUCGAGGAACUGUACACCGCACGAAGGAAAGGAGCAUACUUCUAUACAUUUGGUAUCAACUUGAGAGCGUAUGGAGCAUAUAUUGCAGGUAUAUUGAUCAAUGUUGUGGGAUUUGCUGGAGCGGUUGGAAGACAGGUGCCCAUGGGCGCUCAGUAUAUCUAUAAUGUUAACUUCUUCGCGGGCUUCAUCGUCUCGUUCUUCGUUUACUGGCUGCUCAACAAGGUGUUCCCCGUUCCCGCAAGGAGCGAUACUUGGAAUGAAGUGGGUGAUCGUGUAGUCGAUCUCUCUCUCGCUCCUGGUCAUGAUUAUGACUGUGAUUAUGACCAUGGUUAUAACGGAUCACCAAAGGGAGAGAAGGUAGAAGACGAAGAGACAGGAUCUAUAAGGAGCAUUACGAAAAGGGCAGACAAACAUGUUGCUGAAGUGCGAUGA